AUUUGUUAUUCGUUGUCAUAGAGACCAAUUGUCAAAAUGAUGUCUCACUCAAAGUCAGCAAAAAUAAACAAAUUGUCGCCCUACAAUAUGAAGGAGAUGUUUCUGGUAUAUUUGUCGUUGAUGGUCCUAGCCGCAACUGGCAUUCAAAGUAGAACUAUAGAUGAUGAACUUAAGGAUUUUUGUGAUAUCAUGCCAAACGAGGGAAUGAAGAAGAUAGCUGAAUCACAUAUCAAAUCUGACAAAGAAUUCAACGAAGCUAUAAUCUUCCUUCAGAGCAACGCUUGGUCCAGUUUGGUGAGGGAUGCUCAACAAAACCCUGAAUGGAGAAAACUAAAAAAGAAGCUGAAUGACACAGGUCUUAAUAUCGAUGCUAUGCUUCACUCGUUCUUCACUUUGAUCACAGAUCUAAAACCCAUUCCUAACACGAAAAAAACGUCACGAAGCUUGAGAUCUUUCUUCGAUGACAUCGAACUUAUUGUUCCGAUCGGCAGACUUCUAGCCAUGCUGCACGAAAAGAAACAGAACAGCACCGUUUUCCAAGAAUUCUAUAAGAAAAUUUCUUGCGAAGAGGUUCACAAGUUGUUCGAAAGUGUCAGAAGGCAGCCUGAAAUAAAACGCAUUAUGAUCGAAUUGAAAUCGAUGGGGGUUAGAGUCGAUGAUACGCUGGAUCUUUUCUAUGGUUUCAUGAAUUGGGACUCGCCAACUCGUCUCAAGAAGAGAGAUUUAACUACAAAGAAACAUACAUUGAAAGAAGAUUUCGAAGACUUCAAAAAGCUGAUUCCUUGGGAUAAGUUGAAGAACAUAUCCGAUGAACAUCUGGCACAUGAUAAGGAGUUCGGUGAAGUAGUGACAUACUUUCAAGGUCCCGAAUUCGCGAAGAUUGUCAACGCUGUUAAGGUUAGACCUGAGUACAUAGAGUUGAAAACAUAUUUAGAAGACUCUGGUAUAGACAUAGAAGAAGUUAUAAAAUUCUUUUCCGAUCUUCUUAUGAAUGCUAAGCCUGGAAGCAAGAUGAACGUGGAUAAAUUGAGCACGAGAAAGAUCAGAAGUUUCAGGACCUACUUGGACGAAAUUGAAGGGGCUGUGCCGGUGGGUAAACUGCUGGCGUUGUUUAACGACAAGAUGGAACAUAGCGAAGCGUUCAAAAAGUUCAUAAAGAAGAUAUCGGAGCCCAAAGUCAAGAAAAUGGUGGAGGAUAUUCGUGCGUUGAAGGAAUCCCGUGAAUUAUUCGAGAAGCUCCAAAGUCUUGGUGUGAGAGUUAGGGAAACUUUUAUUAUUAUUUAUGCUUUUCUUGGUUGGGGAUCUCCUUUCGAUAAGUCGAAAGAUAUUUCCCUUUAAACAUUCAACGUUCUUAUUUUAAUUUAUCGUUUGUUUCUGUUAUGAUUGUAAGAUUGUUCAAUAAACAUUUAAAACUAA